AUGCACACAGGAGGGAAUGACAGUGACACCCAAGUCGGCGAGCCCCAGGCGGCCAUCAACGAGUUCUGGGACGGCUUUAUUACGAAAAAACCUGCCAAAGUUACUAAGACUGCAGCUGCAGAGUGUUGCACUUAUGUUGAACGCAUCGUUAAAGAAUGCCACUGCACAAACGAAAAGUUUACCGAUCCAAAAUUCAACAGUAGCCACCUUAGGGACAAAAGUUGCCUUGAAAGCCUUAUGUACAGGCACGAGGAUGAGGAUGCAACUGACGCUCAGUCUACGACUACUGCAUCCGGCAGGACCACGAGUAGUUCAAACGGUCUAAGAUUAGUCCAUCGCGUCGACUGGAUCUUUGAAAACCCGCAAUUUGUCCUCAAUGGCUUCUCUAGCUCUGACCUUAAAUAG